AUGGCGACAGACAAGAAAAGGGAGACAAGAAACCUCUAUGACAACUAUGAAAGAUCCAAUGAGACUGAUGAGCAGCGAUACUUGGAGCUCACGGGGCGGCUUGUGUCAAGUGUCCCAAAAAAAUCAGAAGAAUCAAGAGAGGCAAAAAACCUCUACAACAAAAUACACAAGGGAACUGCCAAUAAGACAGAUGAGCAGCGGUACUUUGAGCUGACUGGAAAGCUUGCGUCAAGUAUUCCAAAAACAUCAAAAGAGGCAAUGAACCUCUACAACAAAAUACGCAAUGGAAGAGCCAAUGAGACUGAUGAGCAGCGAUACUUUGAGCUCACAGGGAAACCCGCAUCAAGCGUCACAAAACGACAAGAGGAAACAGCCCUCUACGACAAACUACGCAAUGGAACUGCCAAUAAGACAGAGGAGCAGGGAUACUUUGAGCUCACUGGGAAGUCUGCAUCAAGUGUCCCAAAACGAUCCAAAGAGGCAGAAUCCCUCUACAACAAAAUACGCAAUGGAAGUGCCAAUGAGGCAGAUGAGCUGCAGUACUUUGAGCUCACGGGGAAGCCUGCAUCAAGUAUCCCAAAAAGAUCAAGAGAGGCAAGAGCCCUCUACCACAAAAUACGCAAUGGAAAAGCCACUCAAGCAGAUGAGCAGCAGUACUUUGAGCUCACUGGAAAGCCUGCAUCAAAUGUCCCAAGAGUGUCAAAAGAAGCAAAAGAGGCAGAAGUCCUCUACAACAAAAUACACGGUGGGAGUGCCAAUAAGAGUGAUGAACAGCGAUACUAUGAGCUCACUGGGAAGCCUGCAUCAAGUGUCCCAAAACAAUCAAAAGAAUCGAAAGAGGUAAAGACCCUCCACAGCAAAAUACGCAAUGGAAGUGCCACUAAAACAGAUGAGCAGCGGUACUUUGAGCUCACUGGAAAUCUUCCAUCCAGUGUCCUAAAAGUAUCAAAAAUAUCAAAAGAGGAAAGAGCCCUCUACCAAAAAAUACACUUUGGAAAUUCCACUAAAACAGAUGAGCAGCGGUACUUUGAGCUCACUGGGAAGCCUGCAUCAAGUGUCCCAAAACGAUCCAAAGAGGCAGAAUCCCUCUACAACAAAAUAUGCAAUGGAACUGCCAAUGAGACAGAUGAGCAGCGAUACUUUGAGCUCACGGGGAAGCCCGCAUCAAGCGUCACAAAAAGAUCAAAAGAGGAAAGAGCCCUCUACAACAAAAUAAACCGUGGAAAUGCCAAUGAAACAGAGGAGCAGCGGUACUUUGAGCUGACUGGAAAGCCUGCAUCAAGUGUCCCAAAACGAUCAAAAGAGGCAGAAGCCCCAAAAAACAAAAUACACAUUGGAAGUGCGAAGAAGACAGAGGAGCAGCGGCACUUUGAGGUCACGGGGAAGCCUGCAUCAAGUACCCCAAAAAGAUCAAGAGAGGCAAGAGCCCUCUAUAACAAAAUACACAAGGGAACCGCCAAAAAGACAGAUGAGCAGUGGUACUUUGAGCUCACUGGAAAGCCUGCAUCGAGUGUUCCAACCUCACGCAGCAGAGCACGAAUUGGUACAAAGCGGAAUGCAGACUGCAUCAACAAGGAGCACACUCAGCGCAAGAAACAAAAGCACGUGGCUGAUGCUGUUGCUGUUCACGGGAGGACCAUGAUGACCCUGCGACCUCGAAGAGGCUCAAUUAACUAUGCUGAAAUUCGAAGAGGCACGGGAAGCCAAGACGAGCACUCCAAUUCAUCCUGUACUGACAUUGCUUCUGAUGGGGACACGGAACCUCAUAACAGCGCCUGUACUGACAUUGAUUCUGAUGGGGACGCGGAACCUAAUCACAGCGCCAGGGAUGAGGGCAAUGACAAGAACCCCACUCUAGAAGAGGACAACCUCCUUGUAGAUGACACACAACAGGAUGUCGAAAAUGUGUCAAUCUUGCCCACAGAACUUCCUGUGCCCGAUGCGGAGUAUGUCGAGCAACAACCUAGCACCCCAUCCCACCAUCACCUUGACACUGAAUCGGCUGCUGCUGCUCCUUCUCCUUCGGGCAAAUGCACCCCUCGAACAACGAAAUGCCACACUCUUCCAGUGCGGAGGAAUCAUCAUGCAGGCAAAGAGAAUGAUCACGAUCGUCUUACCCCAUUCCACCAGUUGACGGAAUCCAACAUGCAAUCUUCCACCACUAGACCACCAACCCCUGUCAAAUCCGUCCGGGAAGAUGACAGCGAUGACGAGUCUACUAUUGCUUCAGUACCAUUGGGAAUGAAGAACGCGCCCAACGAGGGCAACACGCCCACACUUCCUCAUCAUCCUGUUGGUGACUCCAACACGACCACAACAACCGCCCCCCCUAGGAGGGUUUCUUCGCCAGCACCCAGCAACGGUGGGUAUAAACAUGAUCUCGUUGGAAGUGCUGCUAGCGAAUCCUCUAACACUGGUAGUUGUACAGCGACCACGGAAAUCAAUCCUCUGUUCCAUGCACAGCCUCCAGCAGGCAACAAUCCGCCUCGUGAUUUUUCUUCUCUGUCGGCAUUUACCCUCCGGUUCUGCCGCAGUGACUUGGAGCCAGGCUGGUAUGUGGAUGUGCGAGUUCCGGCAUCACCUGACAAACUUGUGCGGACAGUGUUUAACUCAGAAGCAACCACAAAAAGACUUCGAAAGCUGACCAGUGACCAGAAACGAGGGCUCCAACGGGGAAAGAAGGAAGUAGUGAUGGAGUAUGUCAAUUGGAAAACCAAGCAUGUCUACAGAACCUUCAUGACAAACGAUCUGGCAAGGUUCUCUACACUGAAUCUGCAUGAGGAGAUUGAGAGAGAUGACAGUGGAAAGAUUGUAGAGGGGGCAGCAAGUCCAGUUACUGUUCAUGUUUACCUGAGAGACAAGUUUGGUGACGAUGAUGGGAGCGUUGCCUUUUUCCUUUAG